AUGUCUGGCCAGCCCCCCUUCAACCCAGGCGCGUUCGAGUUCCGCCCCGGAGCGUCGUUCGUCCCCCGCGGCCAGCCCCAGCAAGGCCAGCCCGGCCAGCAGCCUCAGCAGCAGGCUUACGACCCUUACGCCCAGUACGGUGGCCAGCAGCAGCAGCAGCAGUACGGUGGCGGCUACCCCCAGCAGGGCUACCAGCAAGGUUACCAGCAGGGCUACCAGCAGGGUGGCUACGCUGGUUACCAGCAGCAGCAGCAGCCUCAGCAGCCCCAGCAGCGCGCAUACCAGCCCGCUCAGCGUAACGUCCAGGGCUUCCAGGCUCCUUCGUUCGGUGCUGCCAAGAACGCUCCGUCGCUCUCUAUCGGUGGUGGUGCUCCCAAGGCCGCCCCCUCGCUGUCUAUCGGUGGUGGUGCCCCCAAGGCUGCUCCUUCGCUGUCGAUCGGCGGUGGUGCCCCCAAGGCUGCUCCUUCGCUCUCUAUCGGUGGCGCUCCCAAGGCCGCCCCUUCGCUUUCCAUCGGUGGUGCUCCCAAGGCUGCCCCCUCGCUGUCCAUUGGUGGUGCUCCCAAGGUUGCCCCCUCGCUCUCCAUUGGCAAGAAGGCUGAGACCCCCAAGGAGGAGGCUCCCAAGGCUGCCACUCCCAAGCCCGCCACCCCCAAGCCCACGGAGCCGAAGGUUGAGAAGGUUGUCGCUGCCCCGGUUCCGAAGGCCGCCACCCCUGCCGCUUCGACCCCGGCUGCUCCCUCCCCUGCUCCUUCUUCCAAGCCUUCGGGCACCUCGACCCCCACCAACUUCUCCAAGGUGUCGGCCAAGAACGACGCCGACGCUAUCCACCAGGAGCAGCAGGCUGCCGGUUCCGAGGCCCUCAAGGACCUCUACGGUGGCAACGAGGUUGACCCCAACGUCAAGCAGCACCUGAACAUCAUCUUCACCGGUCACGUCGACGCCGGAAAGUCGACCAUGGGUGGCCAGCUCAUGUUCCUUACCGGUGCUGUCGACAAGCGUACCAUGGAGAAGUACGAGCAGGAGGCCAAGGCUGCCGGUCGCGAGACCUGGUACCUGUCUUGGGCCCUUGACCAGAACAAGGAGGAGCGUGCCAAGGGCAAGACCAUCGAGGUCGGUCGUGCGUACUUUGAGUCGGAGAAGCGUCGUUACACCAUUCUCGACGCCCCCGGCCACAAGACGUACGUCCCCAACAUGAUCCAGGGUGCCGCCCAGGCCGAUGUCGCCAUGCUCGUCCUCUCGGCCCGUAAGGGCGAGUUUGAGACUGGUUUCGAGCGUGACGGUCAGACCCGCGAGCACGCCAUGCUCAUUAAGAACAACGGUAUCAACAAGCUCAUGCUCGUCGUUAACAAGAUGGACGACCCCACUGUCCAGUGGGACCAGGCCCGUUUCGAGGAGAUCCGCACAAAGAUUUCGCCCUUCCUCAAGUCGGUUGGCUUCAACCCCAAGACCGACCUCACCUUCAUCCCCGUGUCGGCCCAGAUGGGUCAGAACAUGAAGGAGCGUGUCGACAAGAAGCUUGCUCCUUGGUACGAGGGCCCCGCCCUCCUCGAGUACCUCGAUAGCAUGGAGAUUCUCGACCGUAACAUCAACGCUCCCUUCAUGCUUCCCAUCUCGGAGAAGUACAACGAGCUUGGUACCAUGGUUAUGGGCAAGAUUGAGUCUGGCCGUGUCAAGAAGGGCGACUCGCUCCUCAUGAUGCCCAACAGGCAGUCUGUCGAGGUGGCCGGUAUCUACACCGAGACCUCGGAGGAGAUGGACGUCGCCUUCUGUGGCGACAACAUCCGUAUGCGUCUCCGUGGUACGAGCGACGAGGACGUUUCGCCCGGUUUCGUCCUCACCUCGCCCCAGAAGCCCAUCCACGCGGUCACCAAGUUCAGGGCCGACCUUUCCAUCAUCGAGACCAAGAACAUUAUCUGCUCUGGUUACUCAUGUGUCCUGCACGUCCACACCCUCGCGGAGGAGGUUACCCUUACUGCCCUCCUGCACUAUUACGACAAGAAGACCAAGCGCAAGUCGAAGAAGCCUCCCCAGUUCGCCAAGGUCGGCAUGCUCGUGUCGGUUCUUAUCGAGACUGAGAAGCCCAUCUGUAUCGAGACGUGGGACAGUUAUAAGAUGCUUGGAAGAUUCUCGCUUCGCGACGAAGGACGCACCGUUGCAAUCGGCAAGUAUGGGGUCAGCUACCUCCAGGGAAGGAGGUCUACACGGACGAACUAUCGGCCACUACAACGCACACCUCACUGGAUCACUGCCAACAGCGAGUCGGCUUACGGACACGACGGGUCCUACUUCGAUGUGUUCACCCUGUUCCAAUUCGACAUCCGCUCCCUUGGUGCCUGUACCUUCAGUGAAGGCGAGGCCACCGCCGCACGCAUCUUGACCCUUGUUUGUAAGACCUUGCUCACCGUUUGGCUAGGGGUGGCUCGUGAUGUGUACAGCCCCGUGUGGGGGUUCAUCGACUCCCACCGCGGCUCGAACUAUCGCCUCCCCACCCAACAAGCGGUGUGGGGUGUGGCCCAGUACGACGCAGAGGAGUGGCUGGCACGCCGUCGGGCCAACCAGGUGCACAAGACCGAAAACCAGAGGGCCUACCGCGCAGCACGCACCAGUGAAGAGCGUGAGCACGAUCUGGCUGAGCAAUGUCGCUGUCGAUCCAUGCAAACACCCGCCCAGCGUCAGCAGAGACGUGACCGCGAGAACAACAACUACGCCGACAACAAGCCCGCCCGCUAG